AUGAGGCCCAUUUCUUCAAACAUCUGCACACCAACCGAAAAAAUGGCAGCGUGGUUGGUAGAAGAAAUGCGGAAAUAUCCAGUUAAGCACGGCAAAAGUGUCCUCAACUCGGUUGACCUAGUGGAAAAUUUGAAGGAUUUCAAAGUGCGUCGAGGAGAGAUUUUAGUCUCGUUUGAUGUUUCCGCACUUUUUCCCAGCGUCCCCAUUUCUGACGCCUUACGCAGCCUUCGCAGACACCUGGAGCGACGCCGCGCACCCCCAAACCAAAUAGCAGCGUACGUCACCAUAGCCGAGGUUUGUAUGAAUCAGAAUUACUUCUUGUUUCGGGGUAAAUUCUACAAGCAAACCUUCGGCCUCAGCAUGGGAAGUAAAUUAUCCCCCCUACUGGCUGAACUCUUCAUGAGUGACUUCGAAAUAGAUCUCGAAAAACGGGAGAAACUUUUCCCUCGUGUUUGGUGGCGUUAUGUUGAUGAUAUCUUCGCCACCGUAAAGGAACGGUAUCUCCCGCAAACGCUUGAGGUUUUGAACAACCAGCAUAGUUCGAUUAAAUUUACCGUCGAAAAAGAAGUUGAUGGGAAACUUCCAUUCCUCGACCUGUUAAUUUCUAGAAAAGAAGAUAACACGGUGAAAUUCGGAAUUUACCGUAAACCCACGUCAACAGAUCGCUAUAUUACGGUUGAUUCAAACCAUUUUGGAGCGCAAAAGCAAGCUGCCUUUCAUUCGAUGGCCCACCGUCUGUACAACAUACCGAUGGAGAGCCAUGAAUUCGAACUAGAAAAGCAAAAAAUCUUGCAGGCUGGUGAAUUAAACGGAUACGAUCAAGAAUUCGUCAGCAAAAUCCUCCGAAAACACGAAAGAAAAAAGCUCCGUAGCAACGCAACCACAUUCAAACCAGAAAGAGAUGAAUCCCAAAGAGUCAGCCUGCCGUACCACCCACCACUGACAAAUAGUAUCAGUAAGAUUCUCUCUAAACAUGGUCUGAAAGUGGCUUACAAAAGUUCAAACACUUUGAAAGAUCGACUGGUUUCUCUAAAAGACAAAGUGCUACCGGAAGAGAGAUCUGGAAUUUAUGAGAUUCCAUGUCAAAACUGCCCGGCCGUCUAUAUUGGGCAAACCAGACGGAAAUUCAGAACCAGAAUCAAAGAGCACAAAAACGCAGUAGAUAACAACAGGAGCAACGAAUCAAGUGUAGCUGCCCACGCGUCAGAACUUAAUCAUCACAUAGAUUGGGGAAAGGUUAAGUUCAAAAAAUGUGUACGCAAAGCGUCACAUUUAAACGCAUGGGAAUCCAUGUAUAUCACUACAUCGGAAAGGCCACUUAUGAACGAGGAUGAGGCUCCAAUCAUAUCACCGCUUUUCAACCUGCUCAAACCAAGUUUUCAACAACCCGACCACCCUUCGACGAAUACUAUUGGAUAG